UGCUAGAGAAAGGGUAUGCGAAGAAGCUUGGAGAAGCUUGCUUAAGAAAAAAAGUCUGUGUGGGAACAGGGGCAUGGACAAGGGGUAAUCAUCCCUGGUGUGAAAUUGUUUUGUCACGUAAAAAGUGAAUGGAAUUUGAGUUGUACUUCGACUGCUCGAGGACGGGUAUGCGGAGACGGGUAUGCGGAGAGAGAGCUUGGUUUGAGAAAAAAGUCGGGGUGAGUUUCGUGUCGAACAGGGAUUAGGGUAACCAGACUCAUCCCUGGUGUGGAAUUUCAAUUUUUCAGGGCUUGAAAAAAGAUAAUAAAUAGUUCAGGGAAAAAUCGUUCAAGAAGGGGAUAAGGGUGGCAAGGAGGGUAGGAGGGUAGGGUAUUUUUGGAAAAUAUUUUUAAUAAACAGAGGAUUACUUUUUAAAUAUGUAUGUACUAAAUUAAUGUCAAGUAAUAAAACUACUAGUGCCAGAAGCCUCAAAUGGACCAGUGCCAGAAGCCUUAAAUUUUUUAGAAAAAAUUUUGGCAAAAAAUUGAGAAAAAAGUAUGGAGAGAACAGUGGAUAUAAGCGAAUAAACAAAAAGCAAAAAAAGUAA